AAAAUUCAAAUUCAUCUCUUUAAAUCACAUGCCCUGUGCCAAGACCCAAUUUGCGGAUGCUUUGGCGACUUUAGCCUCAAUGAUCCAAAUCUUUAGUGAUGACACAAUUAAGCCUUUGAUGAUUGAGAUCAGUAAGGAACCAGCACAUUGCAUAGAGAUCAAGGUUGAUGACAAACCAUGGUUUCAUGAUAUUAAGCAAUUCUUGCAAAAUGGGGGAUAUCCUCUUGAUGCUUCUGAGGUGAACAAGAAGACAAUCAGAAAAUUGACAGCUUCAUAUUUCUUGAGCAGAAAUACACUUUAUAAAUGUUCUACUAAUAUGACCUUGUUAAGAUGUGUUGAUGAAACUGAAGCAAAGCAAGUCAUGGUAGAGAUUUAUACUGAUCAUAUUAAUGCUCUGCCUUCAUUGCUACAUAAUAUGUUUACUCCUUGGCCAUUCUCCAUGUGGGGCAUUGAUGUGAUUGAGGCAAUUAAGCCUAAAGCUUCCAAUGGUCAUCAAUUUAUCUUGGUUGAUAUUUACCACUUUACCAAAUGGGUAGAAGUAACAUUUUAUGCUAGUGUCAAAAAGAAGGUGGUUACUCGCUUCAUCCAAAAGGAGAUCAUUUGUAGAAAUAGACGGCCAGAGGCCAUCAUGAUUGAUAAUGCAAGCAAUUUGAACAAUGACAUGAUGACUACGCUAUGCAAGCAAUUCAAAAUUAAACAUAUGAACUCUUCUCUUUAUUGGCCAAAGAUGAAUGGUGCAGUGGAAGCUGCUAAUAAGAAUAUUAAGAAGAUUCUAGCCAAGAUGAUAGUCACUUACAAAGAUUAGCAUGAAAUGUUGCCAUAUACUUUCCAUGUUUAUAGAACCUCAAUUUGCACUUUAAUUGGGGCAACCCCUUAUUACUUGGUAUACAGAAUGGAGGUAGUACUACCAAUUGAGCUAGAAAUUCCUUCCAUGAGGAUCCUAUUCGAGUCAGGGAUUAUUAAAGAAGACUUGACUCA